CGUGGUUGAAGAUGACGUCACUGGUCCGCAACAUCUCCUCGGUCCUUUGAUGAAAGAAGCUACAUGAUGAUCUGUGUUCCUGCUGUCAUUUUUAUAUUAGCUUGGAUUUAUCCAGGUCACACUCUCUAUUUCCACAUAGGAGAGACUGAGAAAAAAUGUUUCAUUGAAGAAAUUCCUGACGAAACCAUGGUUAUUGGGAAGUACAGGACCCAACUGUGGGAUAAACAGACCAAUUCCUUCCUCCCAUCUACCCCUGGUCUUGGGAUGCAUGUUGAGAUCAAAGAUCCAGAUGCCAAGAUUAUCCUCUCUCGUCAGUACGGGUCAGAUGGACGGUUCACCUUCACCUCCCACACACCGGGAGAACAUCAGAUCUGUCUGCACACCAACUCCACCAAGAUGGCUCUUUUUGCAGGAAGAAAGCUGAGAGUACAUCUGGAUAUCCAGGUAGGGGAACAUACCAACAACUACCCUGAAAUUGCAGCAAAGGACAAACUCACUGAGCUGCAGCUGAGAGUUCGACAGCUCCUGGACCAAAUUGAACAGAUCCAAAAGGAGCAAAACUAUCAGCGGUAUCGCGAGGAGCGGUUCCGUAUGACGAGCGAGAGCACUAACCAACGUGUCCUCUGGUGGUCCAUCGCUCAGACGCUCAUCUUGAUAGUCACCGGCAUUUGGCAGAUGAAGCACCUCAAAAGCUUCUUUGAGGCCAAGAAGUUGGUGUAAUGUCAGCUUCAGCUGCACCAGCAUCAACAAUAAAAUAGACUUGAUUGAGUGCAACAGACAUCCACCCACAGUGCUCAAAAUCCACAGGGAAUAUGGUGGUGAUUUCAGCCAUAGAGUGCAGACGCACUCACCAACCACAGGGGAUGGGGUUUUCCCUUGUUAAUCUUUUGUUGUUGGGAUCAGUACGGUAGUGCAGUGUUCCAGAUGCAGGUAUGUGUGCGUUCGUUCGUUUGUUCCAAAAAUCCAACUCUUUGUUCCUGUGCAAGAAUGAGAUUGUUCUUUCUCCUACAGGGACUCUUGACCUGGGCUGUAGAUGAGGGUGUUUAUGAAGUUUCAAAUAGUAAAUCAGUAUUUUAUGUUUUGAGAUCUGGGGGUUUUUGUUUAUUUGUUUGGGUUUUUUGGUAGUGCAGGUAGGGCUAUAAAUAGUUUGACAUAAACUAUUUCUAAUCUGCAUGCAGUGAUAAUUUAUUUUUUUUCUGGCCUGUAUCAGUUAAUCUGUCACACUUGAGGUUUGAUUGGUUUUGGAUAAAACUUGCUGGAAUCAGUGAGGAUUAGUCAUGGACAAAGUGAUUUGUUUUUGAGAAAAAAGUUAAGCCAAAAAGCCAUGGUUUAAAAAAAAAAAGGCCCAAUGCUGUUUCAGGGAAUUGGUUAUAAAUACACUUGUGGAGAGACAUCACCUUUCUAUUGGCCAUAUGUCCUUUGACUUUGGGUGACACUGAAAGGUCAAACUGUUAUAGCUGUUUAACUCAAAACUGUUCAGAGCCCACGUCAGUCAUGGUUAAAGUGAUUACAUUUUGGGCAGACUUGAUCACAUGUCCAGGCCACAUAGAAACAUACAUUCUAUUAUCACUGAAUCCUAAAGAAAUGAAGUGUAUUAAUCUGUCCAGCAUGUAAAGAGUGGCUGUUGCACUCUGUGUGCCCUUCAUUUUUUUUUAAGCUAUUUACUGCACUGUUUGAGUUGAAGGCAAAAUCAAAUAUGACCAUGUACUAAAAGCCUUAAACUUUAAGGGUAUUCACAUGUAAAUUGGAUGGAUGUUGUAGUAAUUUCUCCACAUUUUAUGUGACCACCUCCUUGUGCGUUGUUCCUGUAUUAUUUCUUUCGGGUCAGUCAUUUAAGCUCCAGAGCUGACAAGUGUCGCAUUUGGAAUUUGUGUCCACAGUUCCCUGUUACUACACUUGAAGCAUGAUGUCUUCUUGAUCAUGUUACUGCUAACAAAAGCAAGAUGCCCCAUAUUUUUCUAUCUUUAUAUUUUUGUGCCACUAUGGAAGCAUACUAUGAAGGGGUCCUGAGGCUUUUAUGUUUUUAAGUUCAAAGCUGAGUAUUAUUUUGCGGUGGCCUUGCCAAUCCUUGAAUACAGAAGGCUUCGGGAACUAGCAUGAAGUGGGCAUCUGCCAUGGAAGCACCUGCAUUAAACUCCCACAUCUCUUGAUAUCUGUGGGUUAGAAACAUCACACAUUCUUGGUGGUCGACAUCUUAAAGAUGAUGCACUGUGCUGUAUUUCCAACAACAUUCAUCUGAUUUAAAUGUAAUAACUCUUCAAUUGCUGUGGUAGACAAAUCAUAAAAAAAAUUGUCAUUCUCAGUUUUUAAAUGUUUAUGGUCCCAGUAAUUCAUGAGUGUUGGUUUCUUCCUAACCACAGGCUGUGCUCUCUGCGUCACAUACUUCAUGCAUAUUAUUUUGACGAGGUUUUCUCCCUACAGUCUGAGUUAUUGUACUUUUUUCAAAGAAGCAGAUGUGUACAACAGACGUCAUGGAUGACAAGAUUCCAGGUUGUAAAUAUCAGGUUGCUCAUAACUUGUAUGUGCACAUCCAUGUCUUUAGGUUAACUGUUUUAUUCUUUACAGUGUGGGAUUAUAA